GUAUGCCAGUAAAUGGUACGUAUGCCAGUAAAUGGUACGUAUGCCAGUAAAUGGUACGUAUGCCAGUAAAUGGUACGUAUGCCAGUAAAUGGUACGUAUGCCAGUAAAUGGUACGUAUGCCAGUAAAUGGUACGUAUGCCAGUAAAUGGUACUGACAGACAGGGCAGCGGUGCUUCUAGCUCCCACAUGUAUUUCGCUACACCCGCAAUAACGUAUGUAACCAAUAAAAAUGUAUUUGAAAUGGGCUGUAACUAGGGCACAAUGCUUCUAAUGGUUAUAACACAUGGACAGUCAGUACUCCUGUCUGGAACUAUGAUUCAAUGAAGAAAGUGCCAAUUUUUAAGUCAUGCUUACUGGAUUAGUCUCUUGCAGUAAAUUUCCCACGACAACCAAACUAAAGCGAUAUUGACUGAUUUAUACUUCUGUAACGUUAAAGGUAUGCAUAGGAUAUGACUGACAGAUUAAUUUGAAGUCUAAUUGAAACGCUUUAUCAACAUUGCUAUUUUCAACAGCCCAGUCAUUACACUUGACCCCCCCCCCCCAUUCCAUGUCCUGUUUACGAGAAGGUUCUCCCCCUUCAGUGGUGCGUGACCAGUGGCUGUCAUGCAUCUUGAAUGGUGAGCAUCUGGGAGCUGGAGGGGUUAAGUUCAAAAGUGUGGGGGGGUCUAAUAGGCUGUGGGUGAAAACAGAAGCUGUGGUUACUGCUACAGUCAUGGCUGGCAUUAUGAGUUGCGUCCAGUGCUUGUGACAGGAUGGUAGGAGGGUCCCGCCUCUUAGGGUCACUCAUCCAAUUCUAGAACUUGACCUGUCAGGUGACUGAACCAAAAAUAGCCCUGCAGAGAGUAUAUAGAGGUCUAUACGCAGGCCCUGUGUUUCAGAACAGGACUUGCCCCGCUGUCUGAAACAUAUAGGACACUCACUGCACCACGAGAGCCGUUGACCAGAGGAAAGGCCUUUUUUGAAGGACAUAUCUUAAUUCAAUAAUUUCACUGCCUUUUGCUUUAUAAUUUUACCAUUGAAAAAGGCUUGAUUUUCAACAGAUUCUUCUUUGAGCAAGACUGAACUUUUAUAAGGAUGAAGUACUACCAGGACCCAGUCUGCCAGUCCAUGGGCAUCCAGGCUUAUGGCCCCAAGGAGUCCAGCAGCUCCUCUUGCGCCCACUCUUCUCCACAGAUCAAACCAGUCCGCAGCGUCCACUUCCCCAACGACAUUGUGUUCCAGGACUACGUCCGGCAGGGCGAGCUGGACAGGAUCGGACUCUUCAUCAGAAAGAGGAGGGUCAGCUUGGAAACCAUCUACCACUCUGGUAUGGCAGCGAUCCAUGAGGCUGUCCUCUCUGGGAACCUGGAGUGUGUGAAGCUGCUGGUGAAGCACGGAGCAGACGUCCACCAGAGAGAUGAGGAGGGCUGGACACCUCUCCACAUGGCCUGCAGUGACGGAUUCCCUGACAUUGCCAAGUACCUGCUUUCUAUUGGCGCAGACCCUCAGGCGGAGAACGGGUGUGGGGAGACACCCGCCGAUCUCAUCGACCCAGAGUGCACCGGGGUUCGUGAGCUGCAGGGGCUGCUUGGGGUGGAGGACGACUGAGCUCUCCUCUAACCUUAAAACGUCACUGAAACUUCAGUCACCUUCCUCGCCCAGGCCUCCCGGUUGACCCUCCACAAUGGAAUGAAAUGGGCAGAUCAGCAGAACGUCAUUCUGCGCCCUCAUUGUAGACGUCCUGGAGACAUAUCUGGUCUGGUGGGAGGAAGGCUGCCAGCCAACAGUAGAUGGUUGCCUUUGAGUGAACUGAACUGUUGCUGGAAAGGGGCUCCUUCAGGCAAUCUCAGCAGGCAUCGCUUUGUAAUGCUGUUUGCAGGUGCAGAAGUUUGAGCUUUUGUACCUUUUUUUAAUAGAGGGUGAACAGCACUGGAAUGAAUUAGAUAACAGUAUGGUAAUGAGCUUUUAUAAUGACUUUAUAGUUGAUGUGUGAAAGCUUUUUUGGAAGUUGUGAAACAUGGAUCUGUGGUUGUCCUCUGACUCGUAGGGCCACUCUGCAGUAAACCAAUGUGAUAGGUCAACUCUACCUACUGACAACAUUUAUAGUUCAAGAUUUGUCAUUUACACCCUACAGCUUUUCAAUUUGAACCAAAGACCCUGCAUACUGUAUGUACUCUAAAAUGUACCACAUGAAUGUUGUUAGUCUAACACUUUACCUCUAUACUUUUGUUUUUAUUCUAUACUUUUUCCAACAACCACUGGAAUGGCUAAUUGUGUGUUUACAAUUGCUUUUAUAAUCAUUUGUAACAAACUGUGUGCAAUCAAUUGUGGUUACACCGCUUUGUAAAUGGCCUUUUUAUACAUUUCAUUAAAAUUGUUUCAUACAAAAACAACUUAGUGGUGAUCUAUUUGGUCUUCAUCAACUUGACAAAACUGUUUUGAAGGGAAAUAAAAUAUUAUUUUUACUAUAAUUUCAAACUACAGUAACCAAUCUUGGUUCCAAUUAACCUUGGUGGACUGAGAAGCAUUACCAACAUUGAAGCAAGGUACAGUUCCCAGUAAGGUGGCUCUGGCCGGGGAUCAACAUAAUGCUUGUUAAUUGAACCAGCUCUCUGCAGGAAGGUGAUUAUCCAUGCCUCUGUACAGUAUUGGCUGAGGUGCUGGUUUCUGAUGGAUUAAGAGAGACAAGAGUUUGGGAAAGGGUGGCUGAGGAAAUCUAAAGCCAAGUCAGGGUUGUGCUUUAGCCACAAGAAAAUACCCAUCAGUAUUAAGAGUGGAAGUUUCCCCGUACACCACGUCUAGCAUCAAACCCCUAACAUAUUAGUGGGCUGUAUGAAGCUGAUACUGUUGAGUACUAUGUACUUUGGGUGGGGCUCCAUUUUUUGUUUGUUCUGUGUGGUCCUGACUGUCAAAACAUUAGGAACACCUUACUAAUAAUGAGUUGCACCCUCUUUUGCCCUCAAAUGCUUAGAUUUGUCAGGCAUGGACUCCACAGGGAUGCUGGCCUACAUUUACUCCGAUGAUUCCCACAGUUGUCAGGUUGGCUGGAUGUCCUAUGGGAGGUGGACCAUUCUUGAUACACACGAAACUACUGAGCGUGAAACUCAGCAGCAUUGCAGUUCUUGACACGCUUAGACAUCCUUUAACCUGUUCUCCUCCCCUUCAUCUACACUGAUUGAAGUGGAUUUAACUAGUGACAUCGGUGAGGGAUCAUAGCUUUCACCUGGUCAGUCUCAUGGAAGGAGCAGGUGUUCCUAAUGUUUUGUCAACUCUGUAAAUCUCAG